ACGUGGAUCUGUGGCGGACAUCGAAGAGGAAGUAAGUUUUAACUUGUCAGAUUUAUAAUAAAUCAAAUUACAAAAUAUCAAUCAUUGUUUUAAUGAAUAAAAUAUGGUGGCAGCGGUUAAUUAAAAUAUCCAAAGCAAAUUGUGCAACAAAAUUGAGUCAUGGAUCAUAAUAUAAAUUCACUAAAACCAUUUAACAUCCAAGAUGGCGAUGUCGUCCAAUCUUGGCAAAAGUGGAAACAAACAUUCAAUAACUACAUGAUAGCUAUGCAGUUCGACACAUGCUCGGAUGAAAGAAAAAUUGCCAUUCUACUACAUUCUAUGGGUGAGCAAUGCCUGGACAUAUAUAACUCAUUCAGUGAAAAAGAAAAGUCAACGUAUAUCUUAGUUUUGAAAUCCUUUGACGAUUAUUUUAUUCCAAAAAAGAAUUUGGCAAUAGAACGCCAUAAAUUUUUUACGUUGAAGCAAGAAAGUGAUUCCUUAGACACUUUUCUAACAAAAUUGAAAAAACAGGCAUCUGUAUGUGAAUUUGGACAAUUAAAAGAUUCUUUAAUUAGAGACAUGUUCAUAUGUAACAUGGAUAAAACAAAUAAUCACAUAAGAGAAAAAUUGCUUACUGAAAAUGAUGUAGAUUUAUAUAAAUUAGUGACUAUAUAUAAAUCUCUUGAGUUGUCAUUUAAUAGUACAUCAUAUCUCUCUCAAGAAAUUCCUGUAGCUACUCUGCGCAGUUCAAGAACAACAGCACAUUCUCACUCUAAACAGCUUUCUACAAGUCAAAAUGGAUUAAAACAACAGCAGGCUGUACCAUUUAAUAAUAAUAAUACAGCCAAUUUUGGCAAUAAUAAAAAAUGUACCAGAUGUGGACAGUAUCACAGAUUUAAAUGUCCUGCUAAGUCUGUAAAAUGUAAAAGAUGUCACAAGAUUGGUCAUUAUUACAAUCUUUGUAGAACACCAAUAAAUAACAUUGAAUAUGAUGAAAUGGAUUCAUCUUUAAAUUCAGGGCCUGGGUUGUUUACCCUAUGAGUGUCAUUUGACUGUCUUACCUGAUGUACAACCAAAGAUUGAUGCUCAACGUAGAAUUCCAUUUGCAUUGCAAGACAGAUUGAAAGAAGAGCUGGACAGGAUGACAAG